AUGUCCACCAAACCGCCCUCCCGUGUUGUCUUCGUAGGCAACAUCCCAUAUGACCUCUCCGAGGAACAGAUCAUUGAGAUCUUCAGCAGCGCAGGAAAGGUGCUUAACUUUCGCCUUGUCUACGACCGGGAAACGGGACGACCUAAGGGCUUUGGAUUCGCCGAGUACCCCGACGCAGACUCCGCAUCCUCCGCUGUUCGUAACCUCCACAACUUCGAGAUCAAGGGUCGGCGACUAAGGGUAGACUUCUCCAACGAAGGAGGAGCCGACGACGAAGACGGCGAGAACCCAUCUGGAGUUCCUUCCAGCAGUGCUUAUCAAUCGAACGGCAUGGGCGGCCUCGCCCCCCAAUCUCAAGGCGCCUCCCUCCCGCCUCUGCCCGCUGGAAAAGACCUACCGCCCGGCGUCACAUGUACCGAUGCGAUUUCGAGAACACUUAACACUCUUCCUCCCGCGCAACUUCUCGACAUUCUAACCCAGAUGAAAGUCUUGGCGACGACCGAACCCAAUCGAGCGACAGAGCUCCUUCAGCAAGCUCCUCAGUUAUCAUACGCCGUCUUCCAAGCUCUCCUCCUCAUGAACUUAGUCUCCCCAGAGGCCAUCUCCUCUGUGAUCGAUGCGGGAGCGGCGCCUCCUGUGCCGCCGCAGCAGGCACCUCCCCUUGGUUAUCCUCACCCUCAACAGCCUGUCACCGGCUAUCCAGGUGUGACUAGUCCCAUCGCAACGAAUACUCCCCCGACAGCGGCUGCUCCAUAUGCCCCACCCCCGCCCGUCGCGCAGCCCACCUAUGGGGCGCCGGCACCUGCAGCUCCCGCUCCUGGCCAAGACCCGGAUGCUCUGAUGCGUGCGGUUAUGGACCUCCCACAAGCUACUAUUGACGCCUUGCCCGAGGCCGAACGAGCGCAAAUUCUUGCCCUGCGAGCCGGUUUCAUGUCGCAGCGCCGUUAG